ACGAGAAACUGUUCCCAUCCUCCGCCUUCGCAGGAAAGAACGCACGGAUGUGCAUGUUCCAGGAGGAGAGUAAAAGAAAAAAAAGAGCCUCCUCCUGGUGUUUUCUUAUUCAAAAAGGUAACGGUGCGAGGUUGCCAGUUUGGGAGCUUGUUUUCCCCUUAAAUUGGAACCCUUCAAGCUGUGACUGGGCUGAUUUGCUCGCUUUUCGUUUCUCCGCGGAGCUGCCGCCACACCGCACGGAAAUAACGGGACUCCACUCGCAGCCCGGGCUUCACUUUAAGUGGAUCAUUAAAGAAGGGAUGACACAUCAGUCACUCACCUCACAGAGUCAACAUCCAAGCUGUCUGUAAAACUGGCUGAAUCUGAUUGACUGGGAGCCGUGGAGCCGACAGAAUCAGUGGAUUUACCUUCCUGUGGUCCAGAUGAAUCCACAAAGAACCCACAUCAAUGAAUUUUAUUAAGGACAUUCAUGAACCCAGCCCUGUGUUGUCUGAAAAAUAGGAACAGGGUAUGCUUGUUGGACAGCAGUGAUAUAUUUGAGCCCAGCCGCCUGACUUUGACUGUGACGACAUGUCUCUGCCCAAGCGGAGGAAAAUCAGGACUUUUGCUCUGCUGUGUUGUGUCAUUACAUUUACAACACUCCUGUUCAGUUACACUUUCCGGGACCCCUCACUCUACUUCUUCAAAUACGCUUUCCGUCUGUCGGAUAACUUUUUCUCCAAAGGGCUAUGUGCCUGCCGACAGUGCAUGACGGAGCUGGAGGACGACCCCUGGUUUGCUGAGCGCUUCAAUCAGUCCGUCCACCCUCUGAUGACCAGGGAGAACAGCGUCCUCUCUGACGAAACCUUUAAAUGGUGGCAGUGGUUGCAGUCAGAGAGGCAGCCGGCCAACUUCAGUGAAGUGGUGGAGGAGCUGUUCCAAGUCAUCCCUGACGAGGUGCUCUACAUGGACGCCAGCCCUGAGCGCUGCAGGACCUGCGCCGUGGUGGGGAACUCUGGGAAUCUGAAGGGGGCCCAGUACGGUGGCCUCAUCGACUCCAGUGAUUUCAUCAUAAGAAUGAACCAGGCGCCCACCACUGGUUUUGAGGAGGACGUGGGCGCCAGAACAACGCAUCAUGUCAUGUAUCCAGAAAGUGCCAUAGACCUAGACAACACCACCAGUCUGGUGCUGAUCCCUUUCAAGACUCUGGACCUGCAGUGGAUCAUUAGUGCUCUGACCACGGGCACCAUUAAACACACAUAUACACCUGUUGCAGCCAGGAUAAAGGCAAACAAAGAUAAGGUGUUGAUUUACAGUCCAACAUUUUUCAAAUACGUGUAUGAGUCUUGGCUCGAGGGUCAUGGACGAUAUCCCUCCACUGGCUUCCUCACCUUACUGCUCGCUAUCCACAUAUGCGAUGAGGUCAGUGUGUUUGGAUUCGGUGCUGACCAGUACGGAAACUGGCACCACUACUGGGAGGAGAACCAUUUGGCCGGAGCCUUUCGACAUACGGGAGUCCAUGAUGGAGAUUACGAAUAUAAUGUCACCCUGCUGCUGGCAGACAAGCACAAAAUCCGAAUGUUUCGAGGCAGAUGAUACCGAGCCCAUAUGUACAGCGGAAUGACCACCAAAUGAACCUCAGCAGCCUUUCACUGUUUAUUUUUCCACCGCCUCACACUGGAAGAACGCUUUUGUCAUGAUUCCCAAAGACAUUCUCACAUGAACUCUUCUGGUCUGUCCAGUUUCUCUUUCUUCACUUAACACAGUGUGUAAGAAAUGCCACUGCUGUUGACAAACCAACAGAGCUUCCGUCUCUGUGUGCCCAGACACAGGCAACGACAGACCAUCAGUAAGACAAAAGCAACACUGCCAUUUGUUUGAGUAAUCCCCACUGAAAUUUGUCUGGGAGUGAACAGACAAGACAAAGACGUCUUGUCAACAAGCAUGCUAUACAUAAACAGCUUUAGUACUCUUGUAUAGUAUGUGUAUAGUCUUUAUGUUCUUUUUUUAUGAAUGGCUAGCAUUGUGGCCACCUUAAGCUUUGUAUGGUUAUGGUCACUGACAAUAAAUACGCUCUGCUGACAGCAGGAGACAAAGUGCCAUGAUUGAUCUGUUGAUGUAUAGACGUAACAAGGAAAUAUAAUGGAAACUGUUUUCGUCCAAACUGACAGAUAACAAACAUAAAAGAAUCUAGACUCUGCUGUAAAUAUCACUUCAGUAUAACUUUCCUUUGUAAAGGCAGAUAUGAGAAUCAGCUCUUUUUCCAUCACACUGACCAAUUCUGACCAAAUUCUCAUAAACUACUUGCACUAUAAGAACUACUUGCAUUUUGCUUGUCUGAUUACAGCUGGUAAAAUAUAGUUUGACAGGGCCCAACAUAUCCUCAUACAACAGUUCGUAUGUUAUCAAACAAAGUAGCGCCCAUGAAUUAUGUAUUUGACAUAAAGUUGCGUACCUAACCUUAAGUUACUUAGGUUGGGUUUAGGCAAGUAAAGCAACGUAUCCUCAUACAACAGUUCGUAUAAUGUCCUACAAAUCAGCACCCCAUUAAUUACAUGACAGUCUUAACUUAAAGUUAGGUAAUUAACGUAACGUUACGACAACACAUUGUCACUCCAACCUCGUCACAUAUCGACGUUUGGAUAUGGACUUUCUAGUUUGAGAUAUGAAGUGCAAGGUACCCUGGGUGUGUCGUUUGUUGGCGUCCUAGGACGUUGUGUCAACUUCAGCCUGAUACAUGCAUUGUCUGUUACAUGCAAAAUAAAUGCACUACGUCAGUACAAUA